GUCGAUACCGCCAAUUCAUAAUGUUCGGUCUCUUUGUCUUAUGACCAAUUUCUAGCUGGUUUGUUUGGGUGAAUAUUUCCUCCUCCCGAGUCCCAACUGUCCAAGACGAACGUAAACGUCUCAAGACUCUCAAGAUGGGAUUCAACCAACUUAGAAGUAUACCAUGGCUUGCAUGGCUCGCGCUUCUGGCAUCAGGAGCCCUGGGACAGCGUGUUGUAGACGUCACAGAUAUGAAGAUAUUCUCAAGCCUGGCACCAUGCGCAGCAUCCGCCAUCUCACUUCAUAUCAUGUCCCAGACGAGCUCCAACUGUCCCCAGGCUGUGACGGAGCUCCAAGAAUGUGUCUGCACCAAAACCAGUCAGCUCGCCGCCAUUUCCUCGGCCAUGUCGCUUUCGGUCAGCGAUAACUGCGGUUCGACCGCCAGCGACGACCAAACCUCGGCGGCAACCGUCUUAUCGGCGUAUUGCGCACAAAAGACCCCUUCCGCAAUGCCGACUCUGCAAGCCCCGGAGUUUCAAGUGUCACAGUAUAUAACAGACUUUGUAGAGUUUGAACAACUUGCUCCCUGUGCCAGUAGUGCGCUUUCAUAUGCUGUGCAGAGCAUGACCAACACAUACUGUCCACGCAAUGCAGUGGGCCUGGCCGCGUGCGCCUGUCAAAGAAAUCAAAACUCUCAGUCCAUCAGCCGGGUCAUCGACUCUUCUGUUAGAUAUAGCUGCGCAUCCCACUCGGCAGACAUGACGUCGGCGCAGGAAAUGUUCUCGGCAUACUGCAAAAUAGCCGACUCGGGAACUACGGCUUUUCCUUCCCCGUCGCCUCCCCCUGGAGAUAUGACUUAUUUCGUUACUGCUCUUCCUCAGUUCAAAUCUCUGGCUUCUUGCCCACAAUAUGUGGUCUCAUCCGCUAUUUCAUCACAAAUCAGCCAGUACUGCCCACGAGGCGUGCAAGCCUUGGCCUCUUGCGUCUGCAUCAAGGAGAGCAUGUCGCCGUCAGUCUCUAGCAGCAUCUCGUCUAAUGUCAAGUUUUCCUGCUCCCAGGAGCUCACUUCUGCCCUGUCGGUUUUUGACUACUACUGCAGUGCUGCAAGGGGAGAGGUUAAACCAACGGGCAUCUCAGAAUCAAUCGCACAAUCGUACCCUCCGGCACAGACGGGAAGCAACAGCCAGCAACCUGGACCGGGUCAGUCAGGGGCAGCAGGACAGGACGGCUCGCAGAGCAGUGGUAGCGGGCCCAGCACAGGUGUCAUAGCCGGCGCGGUGGUUGGCGGCGUGGUUCUGCUAAUGUUGAUUGGAGUCGCGGUUUUCUUCCUGAUGCGCCGAGCACGGCUCAACAGUCCGUCAGCAUCGAGGCCUUAUGGACGGGCAAGCUCACCCGAACACCAUUACAAGGCAGAAAUGGACGCUGCCGGUACGCAGAUUAACCAAAUUCCGCCGGCACAGAGCCCAGCAGUCAAUGAACAGAAGCAAGAAUUGCCUGUUACUAGCGACAUCGUCUCACCUCUGUCAGCAGCGCCUGUCACCUCUGAGCUGCACGGAACUGAUAGCCCGGUUUCUCCUCAGACUGCAGGGUAUGGGACAUAUGGUGUCCAAGACCAGCAUCUCCAGAUGCAACGGUCGGAGUUGCAAGGAGGUCAGCCGCAUACUGGAGUUUCCAACCAAACCGGCUCUAAUGUUCAGGACGGGACGCCUACAAACAUGAAUUGGAGUUCUGGACCAAUUCCUGAAUAUUCGGAGCUCGAUGGAACAAGUAAUGCAAGAGGUCAGCCAGGCGAUUUAAGGAGAUGGAAAUGCCGGGAUAGCAGUUUCUGGAGACACUUGCACCAAAUCGACGCCGACGCCCUGCGCCGCUACUGGCCCCAGGUCAUCGCCGACGCGCGCCGCAUCGUGGAGGCGUCUGGCGUCGACCUGCAACUCUCAGCCGACGAGGAUUCGGCGCCCGUCAUCGACGAGGAGCGCGGCAUCCGAUUCAACUGGCGCCCGAGCGAAGACGGGAAAGCAGGCGCCACGUUUGCGCAGCGGGGGCCGGCCGAGGACUUUGUGCUUUCGCUCGAGGAGGGCGCAAUGAGACCGUGGACCGAGACUAACAAGUAUCCGUACGACAAGGUGGUCACGGCGGUGCUUUUGAGGACGUGGCAGAUUGCUGGUAAUGACUGUAUCCGUUUGGACUCCGAUAGCCAGUGGCUACCGGUGUUUAUCCAAGACUGGUCUCAGGAGAUGCAUCGACUGAAAUCACCGAUGAACAUGAACGAUUGGGCAGAGGCAAUCAUUCUCAUUCACCAGCUCUGGCCAGAGCAGAGGAUCGAAUGCCCCUGGAGAAGAUGAUUGCAAACGCAGGAUUGACUUUUUAAGCCAAGUGAACGACACAAAAGAAGCAUUCCCUUCACAACCAAGCUUAAAAGCCUUAAUAAGAGAUCCUAUUCGCUAGCUUAACCGGUACCACGUUGUAUCUUGUCCAACAACCCCCCUGCUGUUGAAGAAUACUACUUCCCCCGCACUCUUGGGCCCCUGGAAAUGACCUCAUUGCCACCGACUACAGGGCGGAGAAGCUGUCGCUAUGCAUGGCCAUGGAAAUUUCAAAGAACGGAGAAAAUACCUGCGCGCGGGGUGCAUGAAAAGGUCUUUUUCGGGUCAAUGUGGACCGGAUAUUUCUGAGAUGCGGCUAAAGAGUCAAGCCAAGACAAAGCCUUCAGUCUUUUAUAAGGAAGCGAGACUAGUUCGGGACCCUGUUGUACAAUGUAGCAG